AUUCCACAUAUUCUACUGUAUUCUUCUGAAUAAUCAUGAACGACCAGUCAGUAUGUCCCCAGCCAAGGCUUUGUAGAAAAAGCCACAUUUUUCUAUCACAUUUGACCUUGAAAUUCCUCGCUCGCUUUUUGUGACCUCUCCUCUGAAUUGGAGCUGAAUUGGCCUAUCCCGUUGAGUCCCCUAGCGGAGGAAAAUGGGCCUACAGUGAGAAAUUGAAAAUAAGGAUGAGCGCCAUGUCUGAUCCUCCGCUUGUGGAAUAGAGCUGACGGCAGAGCCAGUAUUUCCCGGGCCGGGGGUCCCGUCGGGGGUUCGGUGUGAGUCAUGGCGGACAGCGCUGGGAUUCAGCAAGGUUCGCCGGCCAUCGGGGCUUCGGGCCUGGUUCCGGCCGCUCCUGGAGCCGGGGGCACGGAGGGCUCUGGCGCCGCUGGAGGAUCCGCACGUAUCGCCGUGAAGAAGGCGCAACUCCGCUCCUCACCUCGGCCGAAGAAACUGGAAAAACUCGGAGUGUAUUCAUCCUGCAAAGCUGAAGGAGCCUGCAAGUGUAAUGGCUGGAAAAGUCAAAAUCCCCCUCCUACACCUCCACGGACCGACCAGCAGUCCAACACGGUCAACCUGCAGGAACCCUGCCGGAGCUGCUCUCACACCUUGGGUGAUCAUGUGACCCAUUUAGAAAAUGUUUCUGAAGAGGAAAUGAACAGACUUCUUGGUAUCGUUUUGGAUGUGGAGUAUCUCUACACCUGCGUUCACAAAGAGGAGGAUGCUGACACAAAGCAGGUCUACUUCUCCCUCUUCAAGCUGUUGAGGAAGUCCAUCCUACAGAUGGGUAAACCGAUGCUAGAAGCACAAGAGAGUCCUCCGUUUGAAAAACCCAGCAUUGAGCAGGGGGUGAACAAUUUUGUGCAGUACAAAUUCAGCCACCUGCCAUCCAAAGAGCGUCAAACCAUCAUGGAGCUUGCCAAGAUGUUUCUAAACCAGAUCAACUACUGGCAGCUGGAGACGCCCUCGCAGAGACGCCAGAGAGUUCCCAACGAUGAUGUGGCUGGAUACAAAGCCAACUACACCAGAUGGCUCUGCUACUGCAACGUGCCCCAGUUCUGUGACAGUCUGCCACGCUACGAGACCACACAGAUUUUCGGCCGGACGUUGUUGCGUUCAGUGUUCACUGUGAUGAGGAAACAGCUGUUAGAGCAAGCCAGACAGGAGAAGGACAAGCUGCCACCUGAGAAACGCACACUCAUUCUCACACACUUUCCUAAGUUCCUGUCUAUGUUAGAGGAGGAGGUGUACAGCCACAGCUCUCCCAUCUGGAGCCAAGACUUUUUGGCAGGAGCGUCAGGAGGGCAGAUUCCAAUCCACACAGUUAUCAGUGCGCCCCCUGUAGCCAGGCCAUUGUACUACAGCACCAGUCCUGUGUCAGUAGACGCCUCCACCUGCGGCAGCGUCAGUCCCGCAAGGAAGACAGCGUCUGUACUCGAGCCAAACCCAGUUGGAGAAAAGCGUAAACCCUCGGAGCCUCUCAACCAUGAGGAAAACAAGAGACCCAGGGUGGUGGGCGACAUCCCCAUGGAGCUCAUCAAUGAAGUCAUGGCAACUAUUGCUGACCCUGCAGCCAUUCCAGAGACCAGCCUGCUGUCCGCUCACUCUGCACGUGACGAAGCCGCCCGCCUUGAGGAGCGCAGGGGUGUGAUUGAGUUCCACGUGAUUGGUAACUCCCUGAACCAGAAACCCAAUAAGAGGAUCCUGAUGUGGCUCGUCGGCCUCCAAAACGUGUUUUCUCACCAGCUGCCUCGUAUGCCUAAAGAGUACAUCACCCGGCUGGUCUUCGAUCCGAAGCACAAAACUCUGUCGCUGAUCAAAGACGGCCGGGUGAUUGGAGGGAUCUGCUUCCGGAUGUUUCCAUCACAGGGUUUUACAGAGAUUGUGUUCUGUGCGGUCACCUCCAAUGAACAGGUCAAGGGUUAUGGCACCCAUUUAAUGAACCACCUGAAGGAGUACCACAUAAAACAUGAAAUCCUCAACUUCCUCACAUACGCUGAUGAGUACGCCAUUGGCUACUUCAAGAAACAGGGUUUUUCGAAGGACAUCAAGGUUCCCAAAGCCAAGUACGUGGGCUAUAUCAAGGACUACGAGGGAGCCACACUCAUGGGCUGUGAACUCAACCCCAGCAUCCCCUACACUGAGUUUUCUGUCAUUAUCAAGAAGCAGAAGGAGAUCAUCAAGAAGCUGAUCGAGAGGAAGCAGGCUCAGAUCAGAAAAGUCUACCCCGGACUCUCCUGUUUUAAGGAAGGAGUUCGGCAGAUUCCCAUUGAGAGCAUUCCUGGCAUACGUGAAACUGGCUGGAAGCCUGUGGGAAAAGGGAAGGAACUAAAGGACCCAGAUCAACUGUACAGCACUCUGAAGACCAUCCUCCAACAUGUGAAGAGUCACCAGAACGCCUGGCCUUUCAUGGAGCCUGUAAAGAAAACAGAAGCACCAGGGUACUACCAAGUCAUUCGCUUCCCCAUGGAUCUUAAGACCAUGAGUGAGCGCCUGAAGAGCAGGUACUACACAACACGUAAGCUGUUCAUGGCGGACAUGCAGCGCAUCUUCACCAACUGCCGUGAAUAUAACCCUCCAGAGAGCGAAUACUACAAGUGUGCCAACUUACUGGAGAAAUUCUUCUACACAAAGAUCAAAGAAGCGGGGCUCAUCGAGAAAUAGACCGGAAGAAGAAGAAGUUUCUCUUCACCAUAAUAAAAGGAUAAGAGUCCUGAGACUGUGUGAAGAAUGGACUACUGGUGCUGAGGCACACAGGAUUCAGGAACACUUGUCUCAACGUAAAAUAUGGAAACGGGUCUCUGAUCAGUGCCGAUUUUGCGUUUGAUGAAUGCUGGUCUAGAUCUGGAUCUGUAGCUUGGACUAAUAUGUAGACUAAAAGACAAGCUCUAAGGGAAGACCUGUGAGACAUCAAGCAAAGAAAUCAUCGUGUCUUCAUAUUUCAUUACAUCACCGGGACAGCAGGAGAUUUAUAGAAAUGCAUAUUAAACAGGAUAGGAGAAUGCAUGGAGGUUUGUAUUCUGUCUGUUUGAAGACAAUUAUACUCCACAAACUUAAAUCGAAGUAGGUGUAUUCAUCUUAUUUGAACUCCCCGGACAAAUCCAGAUAAAAAUCCUAUCCCAAGACUAACACAUAAUUAAGAUUGUACUUUUCUUAUGAAGACACUUGUGAAAAAUUUGCAGUUCACACCGGUAAUAUUUUUGCUUAUUACAGGCGAUUCAGGCCUUAUGUUUUGUGUAGUAUAUCUUGAAAUAAGAUUUUAAUUUGAACUUGUCCGGUAAAUAAGUCAAUGUAAAAUCUUCCACUAGAAAUCAGACUAAUGCAUUCACUUAGAGUUGAGGUUAGCAGUGUAAAUAUCUAGACCAAAUUCAACCAGGGAUUCUGCUUUGUCUCAAAUUCAUUACAUAUUCACAUCCAGCAAACGGCUACUUCUUGUCUUUAUAGCAGCCAACAACAAAAAAAAGUUGGAGGCACAUGUAGACGAACAUCCAACUAGUGUCUGAGCAACCAUCAUCUCUCCGCCUUGACAUUUCUUCAAGUAAACUAUAUGGACAAAAGCAAAAACCAUCGGACCAUUCCACCAACAGGGGCUGUAAUGACACUGUAUUCAAAUCCAUGUACUUUAAUUUGGAGUUGACCCCCUUUUGCAGCUAUAACAACCUCUGUUUUUCUUGGAAGGUUUUCCACAAGCUUUUGGAGUGUUUCUGUGGGAAUUUGUGCACAUUCAUUCUGUAGAGCAUUUAUGAGGUCAGGUACUGAUGUUGGACCAGAAGGCUUGCAAUCUCCAUUCCAGUUCAUCCCAAAGAUGCUGGAUUGGGUUGAGGCCAGGGUCUUCCACACUGAACUCAUUAUGAACAAAUCAUGUCUUUAUAGUCCUUUGUACACUAGGACACAGCCAUGUUGGAAUAGAAAGGGCCUUCCCCAAAUUGUUGCCACACAGUUGGAAGCAUAAUAUU